CGGCUCAUAGUGAGCACAAAAAGUCUGGGUUACACCUUGGGAUACAUCAUAUAUAAACCUUCUUUUUUACUGCUUUCUUUACCCCUCUUCUCACACAUCUCUCCCAUCCCCAUUCCUCGCGCACAUUUCUUUCUCUCCCACAUCCCUCUUUGUUCGUUCUCUUCUUCCCACCUUUCUCUCUGUUUUUUUAUUUUUUUCUUUCCAGAUAUCAUGGAUGAUUUUCUAGCAUAUUUGAUGGUGGAUGGAGAAGUGACCGGAAACGAUGGAGGUUUGGAAGAUACCCCUUACCUGCGACGGAUGACGGACAACGGAAAUGGAAGAAAUGUGGAAGCUCUGAGCGUCGAAAAUGGCGGAGCUGUGAGCGAAGAAGAUGGGAGUUGCGAUGGAGGACAGAAAUGGUGGAGCUGUGAAUGAGGAAGAUGGUGGUCCGAACAACCCUAGGGACAAAGACUUAGGUGGGACGAGUGGCAGAUCUGUGACACAAGGCGUCAACGAAGUUCCGAUAUUUGACGGCCGAGAUGAUUACAGCUGCGACGAGGAAGAGAAUAACAGGGAGAACAUGAACACAGAUGUUGGAGCACUAGAGAGUGUGGAGUCAUGGUCAUGGCGUUUGCGGAGAAUUUGUUGUUGCAAUUACCAUUAAAAUCAGGUUGUGACUACGCCAACAUGUGGAACAUUAGAUGUCAAUUUGCUAUACCACUUUGGCGUCUGAAGAAGAAACUGGUUGACAUUUAGCUCCUUUUUCACUUGUAAAUAAGUUGGAGAUGAAGUGGGGUAGCGAAUGUUGAAGUUUUAGAUUUGGAUUUG